AUGCGUUUACGUGGCUGCCUAUUUGCUAGCUGUCCUAGGGGGCAAAGCCUCUCCAUCAAGUGCGGACAUCGAAAAGAUCUGGGGUCCGUUGGUGUUGAAGCCGAUGGGGAAAGGCUUAAGAAAGUCAUCUCAGAGCUCAAUGGCAAGAGUAUCGACGACCUGAUUGCCCAAGGUAAGCUAGGAGUACGUCUUGGUGAAGCCGCGAAUAAAGAGCCAUGUGAUAAUACACGUUUUAAGCAAAUUUUAAUAUUUAGUCUGAAUGACUUCAGCCGCUUCAUAUUAUGCUGA